AUGACAAGUGGCAGGUGGAGCGUGCUCCUCCAAUUCAUCAACGUGGUCAUUGGCAUUCUGAACUGGUUGCACGGCAUAAAGCAGACAGUGCCGACUGGCAAGCACACGUUCGCUCAACAAGCAGUUUUGCAAAACAUCGUGGAUCGCACAGUGUGGACACUCACACGCCUGCAACAUGCGCAAGAUGGCUGGGAGCGGUUUGUGCCAGAUUUUGUGCCAGGUUUCACUGCAGGUACAACUUCUUUCCAAGACUUGGUUGCUGACAGGGUGGACAACUUGCAAGCGGCUGGCUUAUGCGAUCCUUUGCCCCACUUGCCAGCCCAUGUGCGGGCCAGCUUGGCAACACCUGAAGGAAUCCUUGACAACAGCGAUGAUUCUUUGCGUGGCCCGAAAGAGGAAUAUGCAAAAUUGGUUGUCAAGCAGCUGCGGUGUGGUAAGUUGAGUUUAGCAACUUUUUGCAAGGGUGGUGGUACCACUUUCGCUGUUGGGAAGCCUGGGGGUGAACGCCUGAGGGAGGUAUGGCACGGCCGACGUGUUUCAGAAUCAGCUUCUGCACCUCCAAAGCCGAGACACUUGGCUUCCCCAACUGCGUUGACCUUUCUGGAGUGCAGCGAUGGAAGACCACUACGCCUUAGCAAGCGCGAUGCUACGUGUUGGUUUGACCAGUUGAAGCUUCCCAGCUCUCUUCGUCGAUACAUGGCCAAACCGCCCAUCUCCACAGUGGAACUUGUCAAUGCUGGAAUGUCAGUGGCGGAUCAGCGGCAGCACAUGGAAGAUGGACAUGCUUGGCGCGAAGGUUUGCUAUAUCCUUUGCACUGCGUCUGGCCUAUGGGAUUUUCUUGGUCUUCUUACAUAGCCCAAGAAGAGAUGCUGAGUGUUUGUCAAGAUGCUGGCAUACCAACUUCAUCUCUCUUGGCUUGUGAUUGCGUGACACCUACAUCGUUUGAGCUUGUUGCUGCGGUGGCCACCGAUGAUGUCAUGAUUUUCAGCGACGCUGGCCCUGGUGCCACCUGUGAAGCAGCAAGAGCUUUCGAUGCAGCUAUGGAUGCACGAUGCGCAGUCCGAAAUCUUAAGAAGGACGUUGACGACGCGCUCUGUGGUACCUGUGUUGGGGUUGACUUAGUAGAUGGAUACUUUCUGGAUGUGCCGGGGGGACGCUACUUGGCCAUGAUUCUGACAAAUUGA